GUUUCUACACGGACGUGUUCCCGCACUGGAAAACGUGUUGACAAGCACCAAUUUCCUGUAUAGCGUACGUUUACAGUUUAAAUGUUUACUUACAGUUGCUGAUACACACCAUGUCUUCACCGGAGGUCGUCUUGGGUUUCCUGGAGGACGCAGAGUCUUGGCGGCUUUGCUCCCAGCAGUUCCCCAGUAAAGUCGGGGGAAAACCGGCGUGGCUUUGCCUACGAGGCCUGCCCUCACUGCCCGGGCUGGAGUGUGAGACAUGCCGUCUGCCGAUGGCCUUUAUGUUGCAGGUGUACGCUCCAAUUUCUGGUCAUGACCGAACUUUCCACAGAACACUCUUUGUGUUCUGUUGUAAAACUCCUGAGUGCUAUGCUCGCACCGACAGCUGCUGUAUGAAAGUUUUUAGAAGUCAGCUGCCUCGGAUGAAUGAGUUCUACUCCUAUGAGCCACCAGCAGAGGAUGAACCCCCUUGCCACUUCGAUGAAAACCAAAGUGUGUUGAUCAAAUCAGGAGUUAAACUGUGUUGGGUGUGCGGUUGUCCCGGCAACAAAGCCUGUUCACGCUGCCACACAGUCACAUACUGCGGGAAACACCACCAGACGCUCCACUGGAAGAACACGCACAAGAAGGAGUGCUGCAGCGGCCACAAAGAAACGUCGGCCUGCCCGUUUCUCUUCCCGGAGUUUGAGCUUUUAACAGAGCCUGAGGUGGAAGAGGAGGAUAAGGGGGAUGAAGGAGAUGAGGCCAUCAGUCAGACGAGUGCAGACUUUUCCUCCUUAGCAGAAACACUAUCAGAGACAGACCUGGAAGAGAUGUCCCUGCAUGAGACUGAGGAACACAAAGCGUUCCAGCACUUUAAAAGGAAGAUUGCUCCUGAGCCUCACCAGGUUUUGCGUUACAGUCGAGGUGGCUCUCCACUGUGGGUGUCAUCACAGCACAUCCCUUCAGAUACAGACAUCCCAGCAUGCACCUGUGGCGCCAAGAGGAUUUUUGAAUUCCAGGUGAUGCCCCAGCUGCUGAACAGUCUGUGUGUGGACUCCAGAGGAGACAGCAUCGACUGGGGGACUUUGGCCAUUUAUACCUGUUCUGUCAGCUGUAGCUAUGACGACCAAUACUGCCCCGAGUUCAUAUGGAAGCAGGACUUCAGCUCAGACCAGCAAAGUCAAAUUAAACAGCCAUAAAUGUC